AAAAAAGAAAAAAAAAAAAAAAAAAAAAAAGGCGGAUUCAUUAACGCAACAAAAAAAAAGAAAUCACAUCUCACACAUCACAUCCUGUCAUGUCCUUUUUACGCUCACGUCCACCUAUUCAGACCAAUCGUGCACAGCAGCGCAGAGCCCUCGGGGCAGGCACAGGCGUCGGUACUGGCCCUACUAUUAAGCGAAAGAUUGAAAAGCCUGCGCCCCAGGCAAUACCUGAGAAUCAUACGGACUAUAAGCUGGUUUCAACCUCACGAGAUGUCUUGCAUCAUGUUAUGCGUUUUCAUGGAACAAAAGAAGUGGACCCAUCUACAUUCACUGCACCUGUCAAGUUGCAACGCAAGCGAAAUGAGACCAACCAUUACUAUCGCGGAUAUAACUAUCAAAACAAAUACAAUAACCAAAAUAAUAAGACAGGCGAUGACAAGAAGGAUGGCGCCACCACAGGGGCAGGAGGUGGCGCUAACGGAGAAGAACGGAAGAAAAAGGAGAUUGAAGCUGCACCUUGGGUCAUUGAGGACUAUGAUAGUAAAAACAACUGGACCGGCCAACUCGAAGGAGGCCAACACGCAAACUAUGUCCUGUUUGUGUUUUCAGAUGACGGUUUUAAAGUCGUACCUGCUGAUAAGUGGUACAAAUUCUCUCCAAAGAUUCCAUAUACAACCCUUACUGCCGAGGAGGCUGAAGAGCAGUAUCAAAAGUCACAGAAGCAGAACAAUAACAUCCGAUGGCUUAUGAGAUCCAAGAACAAGACAAAAGCAGAAGACGGCGAGGAAGGCGUUGAAGAGGAUGCGGGACAUGAACAAUUGAUGACUGUUGAUCAUGAGGAUGACGUUGGAUACGACGAAGAUGAGGCUAAGGAACGAAAGAAAAAACGCGGAAAACAUGGUGAUGUGGAUGAAAUGGACUUUGAUGAAGUCUGGCAAGAUGACGAAGAGAUGCCAGCCGAGAUGCCAGGAUUUGAAGAUGACGCCAAGGACGAUUCCCGGAGAAACCAAGGGCCAUCUAUGGAUUCUGAUGAAGAUGAGGAUGAAGAGGAUGAUAGGGGUCGUUUGACCGAAACUGGAAAAGCGGUUAAAAAAGCUCUUUUGAAAUUGCAAAAGAACAAGGUCUAUGCAAGUGAUGAUGACAAAGAUCCAUAUGCGAGUGAUAAAGAUUCGUCCGAUUCUGACUUAGAUGAGGUUGAUAAAGAGAAAGAAAUGAAGAAGGAGGACGAGUCGAAUCCUUUAUCACAAGAGACAGCUAAACAAAAGGGCAAGGGCAAAGCCAAUGCUAAGGCGCCAUUGAUUGCCAAGAAGGCGAACGCUGCCAAAGCUGCCACACCCAAUAAACCCGUCACUGCCAAGGCGGUCAAGACUAAAGUACCCAUGCCGACGCCCCGGAAUGUCAAUGCGAGCGCCAAUGUCAAGACUGGGGCUUUAUCUUCUCAAAGUCCAAAACUGCCUAGCAACGGCAUUGCAUCCUCCCCUGCUGCGGCUGGGGUAGUUGAGAAGAAGCGUAAGAAAAUGGGCGAUGCUAACGAAGCGGCAGAUGAUGGCCCAAGUAGAAAGCAGCCUCGAUCUAAUGAGCUGGCACCAUCAGCACCAUCAUCAAGUGCUAAUGCUCCUGCAGAUACUGGAGCACCUGGAGAUGAUUCAAUGCUUAUUACAGAGGCAGAAGUGAUAGCGCUACUCAAGAGUCGACCACAGGUGACCACCCGCGACUUGAUUGUGGACUUGAAGAAGAAGCUGCGGAAGGAACCUCGUAACAAAAAUAUCCUUGCUGCUAUUGUUAAGAAAGUAGCAACACCUCAUGACGGCAUUCUGGUGCUGAAGGAAGGCUUGUAAAAAAAAAAUAGCCUGUUGCUGCCUCUAUUUUAUGCAGGACAUUUGUGUUGGAGAGAUUAGACUUGUUCUUUUAUUAGUUACUUUGAAGUCUUCUCCACUUUCUUAUUGUAAAAAUAAAGACGACGGUUG